UACAAUCGAUUUUGGUUCAAUUGCUAUCGAAUCAAAGUCACUCACGAUGAGUUACGUCGCACGUCGCGGUCUCUCGACUCUGAUCCCCCCCAAGGUUGCUUCUCCUACUGGAAUUGGAGCAGCCCAAGAUGCAGCCCGCAUGGAACGCAUCGUGGGCUUCUAUGAGAAAUUACCACGUGGGCCAGCACCGGAAAUUAAGCCUACGGGUCUCAUCGGACGGUACCAAGCUCGAUAUUUCGGAAAAAACCCUUCUGCAAUGCCAAUUCUCCAUGUUAUUGGUGGACUGAUGCUUAUGGGUUACAGCAUGGAGUACUACUUCCAUCUUCGCCACCACAAGAACAAUGCCCAUUAAAUUGUCGUAUCCCCAAACCUAAACGAAUUGAUAAAAUUUGGCUUAUAGUGCAACCGCAUGUACAUAUAGAUAUAAACAAAUGCAGAAUAAUUUUCUAUCUUGUUACUAUAUCAAAUGAAUACCAUUAUAAAUACGAUAUUUCUCGAG